CCCGCCAGCCCGGCAGCUCCCGCGCCGCGCAUCCGGGGGUGCGGCGGGAACUACCGCUGGAGCGGGGGGAACUGCCGCUGGAACAUCCGGGGCUGCGAGGGGAACUACCGCUGGAACAUCCGGGGCUAGGCGGGGAACUACCGCUGGAACAUCCGGGGCUAGGCGGGGAACUACCGCUGGAACAUCCGGGGCUGCGCGGGGAACUACCGCUGGGGCGGCGGGAAGCACCGCUCCCCGCUGGAGCAUCCGGGGGUGCGGCGGGGACUACCGCUCCCGGAGACCCCGGCGCCCCACGGGGCGCAGCAUGGAGAGCCCCGCGGUGACCUUCACGCUGGCCUACCUGGUGUUCGCCGUGUGCUUCGUGUUCCCGCCCGACGAGGUGCGCUCGGCGGGGCUGACGGUGCAGAGCCUGCUGUCCGACUGGCUGGGCAGCGAGGACGCGGCCUUCGUGCAGUACCACCUGCGGCGCAGCACCGGCACGCUGCUGGCUCACUCCCUGCUGCCCCUGGGUUAUUACCUUGGUAUGUGCUUUGCUGCACCUGAAAAACAUCUUUGUUUUUUCUACCUGGCUUCAAAAGAGUGGAAAACUUUCUUCUUCUUCGCCGUUCUCCUCCCAGCAGUCACCAGUGCCCUGGCAUAUUACUGGUCACGGAAAGGCUGGAAUAACCACCCGCUGGCCCGGACACUCGCUGUUCACGCUCUCCCGCAGUCGGGUUGGAGGGCAGUAGCUUCUUCCAUCAACACAGAAUUUAGGAGAAUCGAUAAAUUCGCUACCGGAGCUCCAGGAGCGAGGGUGAUCGUUACGGACACGUGGGUGAUUAAAGUGACCACCUACUGUUUACAUGUUGCCCAGCAGCAGGACAUUCACCUGACGGUGACAGAUUCCAGACAGCACGAGCUCACCCCAGACUCCAACGUGCCUGUGCAGUUCCUCACCAUCCGAGUUGCCAGUGUUAAUCCCUACAUCAAGGCAUUCGAUAUCAGGUUGAACUCCACAGAGUAUGGGGAGCUCCGGGAGAAGCUCCGUGCUCCUAUCAGCAAUGCAGCUAAUGUUGUGAUCCAUCAAAGCCUUAGUGAUUUAUUUUUAGAAACCUUUACAUCUCUGGUGGAAAUAAACCAGACAUACCAUGUUCCAAGUACUCAGGAGCUGGAGCCAUGCAUAGGGUGUAUGCAGACUAUUGCCAACAUCAAGCUCAUCAAGAACUGCCAGGAGCCAAACGAGGGGGAAUGCCAGCAGUGCUACUGCCGGCCCAUGUGGUGCCUCACCUGCAUGGGCAAGUGGUUUGCCAGCAGACAGGACCAGCAGCACCCAGAGACCUGGCUGUCGAGCCAAGUGCCUUGCCCGACUUGCCGAGCCAAAUUUUGCAUUCUAGAUGUUUGCCUAAUACGAUGAGUAGUAACUUGGGUAUGUUUUUACUUUUUUAAUUUGACUAUUUCAUAAUGGGUUUGGUUAAAGGCCUGCUAGAUCUCUUUCUGAGACUUCAUGUUCUACCAGAACUCUAAAAGUUUCUUUUACAGUGUUGAAAACAGAUGUAAAUCUUUUCAGUUCCUUUCCACUUUUACCUGUAUCUGUGGAUUUUACUCACCUGAUGUCAGCUUCUGGAUUUUAAUUUUGUUUAAACCCCUGUUUUCUUUUCUUACAUUUUGGAUGGAAUAAGGUUAUCCUUCUAUAUUUGCAGUACUGUUGUUUUUUCAGGUUUUAACGUAGGUUGAAUUCUUUACAUUUUUAAAUUUAUCUUGGGUUUUGAUUCUUUAAUAAAGGGCUAACUGA